CUUGACACUUUAGGGCGGAGCCAAUGGGUUGGGGCUAGUCGAUGUAGUCGUGUCAGCAUGCUAAAAUAGACACACAAAAUAAUAUAAUUUUGUAAAAUUUCAAGAUACUUCAUGAGAAGUAAAUGUAAAUAUGAACAGCAAAAGCGAUAAGGGCUGCCACAUUCUUUACGAGAGACAGGAACGCAUCUCGAAAGAGAAGGGCCAGCGCAUCUACAUUAAAAACACCCAGACCGAGGUGCGUGAGCUGUUUCGUCGCACUGCGGAUAAAAACAACACUGCAAGCAAGAAAGCGCGGGACCAGAUCCAGCAGAAAGCCUGCAAGCUGAACCAGCAGAUCAAGCAGGAAAUAGAACAGCUGAAGCUCUUAAGCCACAACAUUUUACAAAAUCCCGUCGAGUCCAAAGCUUCAGAGUCGGAUAUGGAAAUGCACGAUAAUAAAGCCGAAGCGCGACAGUCCUUGUCUCGAAGCCAAGAUAACGACACAGAAUCUUCCCAAGAAGACUUGAGCUACCGCACAGUGGGCCUGAUAAAAAAGAGGAUCACGCGGGUUGAAGGCGGCUGUAAUUACAUAAGCCGGCAAAGGGGCACCAACCACGACCAGAACACACGGUCUGUGUAUCAGUGUGAUUUCGGAAACCCCUCAAGAUUCAUCGCCUAUUUUCCCGGUGCACAACGACAGUUUCGAGAUGAUGACAACUGUGUAUGCUGCGCUCUGCGGGCAAGUGUUCCCAUACCCCUAUUGACUAGUCAGAACUGUCGGUAUCAGCCUAGCUGGGAAUGUGUCAGUUCACGUCCGUUAAGUCCGCGAACGGCAACCGAUCCUUACACUGAGCUCUUCUGUCGGAAUUGGUGUUCAUGCAUUCCGCCCGUUAGUACCCUGAAAUGCAAACAGAAAAGCCGGCGUAAUUCGGAGGAACCGUGCGGGUCGAAGAGCCGGAGCUCCUCAAAAGCUGGAAAAUCGCUGGACGACAAGAUGCGCAAGAAGGUUAAGAAAAGCGGAGCCAAAAUCGACUCGGCUUCGUUAGACCAGUAUAGGGUCCAGAGUUCCGAAAAGCUUCUUAUGGUCACCAUGAAAAAGGAACCCAAGUCCCUAUCAGCCGCACGCCAGCGUCAGUCAAAAGCUCGAGCUGGAGAAGAGAUUUCCCAAACAGGAAUGGAAAAGUCCACUUCCGCGGACAAGCAAUCAGAUGAAAGCAAGGAUAGCAUGUAUCGCGACUACAUGGACAAGUAUAGAAAGGAAAACGGGAACGCAGAAAAAGAUAGGCGAGCAGCAAACCUCGCACAAGAUUACGCACAGGUUGAUGGGUUUUCAGAUGGUUGCGGUCCUGGCUACUGUGAAACGGAUCCAAUUUGUUCCGCUGACAAGAGGAUUGGGUGGGGCAGAGCCGAGUGCCACACAAAAAAAUGCGUUUGCAUUGCACAAGAAUCACAAACUGAUGAAGAAUACACAGAACAUCGCUACGCACAGGAACAAGCCCAGGUUGAUGGCAGUGAACCGAAAUCUGGACAAGAGGGAGUCCGUCCAGAAGGGAAUGUAGAUCUCGAGGAAUCCGCAAAUGACGAAAGAGGGGACGGGGACGAAAGGUAUGUCGAUCGUUGCGGUCCUGGCUAUUGUGACAAGGAUCCAAUGUCCAGCCCUGAUAAUCAAGUUGAGAGGAGCAGAGGCGUGUGCGUUUCCCAGGAAGUCCAGACUGAUGAAGAAUCAAUCAAGAAGGAGACGACGUUAACCCAAACGGAUCUACAGUCGCUAGAGAAACCCACUCAAACCGAUCUCCAGGGAAGUAAACACGAGACACUCACCCAAACGGAUCCAGAACUCAGCCAUCAAAUUAGCACCGGUAUGUCGCCUAUAUCGGGGGCGACUAUCAAAGAAUCGAACUAUGAUUUCGUACGGCAGUCAGAAUCAAAUUCAAGGUAG